AUGGCGCGAAUAUUUGGUGGCUUAAGCUCAUAUCCUACAGAGAUCUCUGACGAUGAGGCUUCCGAUAUCAGCGCGGCAUCUCCUGUGUCCAUAAAAGAAGAAAAGGUCACGAAGCCGAAGGGCAAUGAAACAGCACCAGCACCCCCUCCCGAAGAAGAUAUCGAGAGUAACAAUGCGGAAGCUGAAGAAGACGAAGACGAUGACGAGGUUGGAGAUGACGAAUUCGUCGUUGAGAAGAUCGUGGACCAUCUUAUUGAUGAGGCAUCUGGCGAACUUCUCUUUGAGGUAAAAUGGGAGGGUUACGAAAAGAAGUCGGAUCGGACGUGGGAGCCGGAAGAGAAUCUGGAGACUGCUUCUGAGAUCUUAAAAUCAUACCUCGAAUCCAUUGGCGGCAAGGAGAAGAUUAUGGCCGAUUAUUACGAGAAGAAGGAACAGAACACAGGAAAGGGAGGAAAGAAGCGCGCAAGGGCUAGCACAGACGCAGAAACAAAUGGCUCAGCACCAAAACGCGGACGAAAGAGCAAGAACGGAGUCCAUCCCCGAUCUACUACCCCUCCAGCGAGUUCUUCGGAUUUCAAGCCACCGACGGGUAAUUGGGAAGAGCAAAUUGUUGGAAUUGAUGCCUGCGAAGGUGGCGAGGGUGCAGUAGUUGUCUACUUGACUUGGAAGGGAGGACACAAGACCCAACACCCACUUUCCCAAGUUUACAAGCGCUGCCCGCAACGAAUGCUCAAAUUCUAUGAAAGCCAUUUGUCAGUGCCACUUUCCACCUGCUCAAUCUAUGCCUUGCUAACAAAAAUUUAG